AUGGAGCCCUUCACUGUCCUGAAUAAUAGUGAUUGCCUAUCGGCGGAUGACCAGUUUGGACCUCGCGUCAAGGCCCAGUGCCGCAACUUUGACUUUACCGUCGAAUUCGAGCAAAGCAUCUUCUCCAUUCUACCCUCAUCAAUAUUUAUUUUAUGUGCUGCUGCUCGCAUUUUUCAUCUCCAUCAUGCAAGAUAUAGAGUCUCAGUGAUGUCGCUUCGCUGGGCCAAGCAGUCACUUGGGGCGAUUCUGGGCAUCUUGCAGCUGUAUCUGCUUGUAUUAUCCAUUAGACUGGGAAGUAACAGCCGGCCGAGUUCAAUUGCCUCUUUAUUACUUUCUGUGGCAGAUGUACUUUUGAUCUGCGUGCUCUCUCACCUGGAGCACACCAAAACCAUUUGUCCAUCUAGUCUCCUGCUGACCUACCUCUCUACGUCGGUCCUGCUUGAUGCAACAUCUCUUCGGACCGUCUGGCUACUCAAUUCUGAAAAACUUGUACUUAAAAUUGUUUCGUCGUCGAGUCUCGCCGUAAAGCUGGCUUUGUUGACUGUCGAAUCUUCAAAAAAGGCAAAAUACUUCAUCAACGCGGAGGAUAAAACUCGGUCGCCGGAAGAAACUGGUGGGAUAUUCAGCAAUGGUCUCUUUUAUUGGCUCCUUCCUUUCCUUUGGACGGGCUUCAAGAAUGUCCUCACACUGAGUGAUCUUAACCAGUUGCCGAAAAGCUGUACCGUUAUGAACAUCGAGUCACAAUUCACGCAGAUCUUUGAAAAAGAGAAAGCACAUCGACACAGUCUGGUGAGGACGAUCCUUAAAUCCUUCUGGCACAGGCUGCUCUGUCCGGUUAUUCCGCGAUUGUUUGUUUUGACAUUCACCUUACUUCAACCAAUUAUAAUGCUCAAACUUCUUCGGUGGCUAGAAGACACAUCGGCAGAAGAUCUCGGCUAUGGUAUAUUGGGUGCCUACGGCAUUAUUUACACCGGUCUGGCGAUUGCGACUGGUACCUACUGGCGCUUUCAGCUGCAAUUCAUCACCCUGCUGCGGGGUAUCCUCCUGUCUGCUGUCUUUCAGAAAACACUUUCAAUCCAUCCGAUGGAUGCGAAAAAGACAUCCAUAUCACUUGUCAGCACAGAUAUUGAAAUGGCUUGUACGGGGCUAGAUCAGCUGCACGAACUAUACUCAAGUUUACUUCAAAUUGGGAUCGGGACCUGGCUCCUGGAGCAGCAGGUAGGAGUGGCUUGUAUAGCUCCUAUCAUUGUCGCGAUUGUUUGUGCGGUGGCCACCUACAAGAUAUCCCAGCCCAUUGGAAUCUACCAGAAGGGAUGGCUAGAAAGUGUCCAGACACGUCUAAAUGCAACCACAUCAAUGUUAUCGAACAUGAAGAUCAUUCAGAUGUCCGGAUUAGGUAGACAUAUUUUCGAUAUGAUCUUCAAGUUUCGAGAUGCCGAGCUAGAUUCUGCCAAGAGUUAUCGAGGAUUACUUGUAUGGGUCAUGGGCUUAGCAUAUGCUCCAUCCGCUAUAUCCCCUGUUAUUACCUUGGUGAUCUAUGCCGCCACUCAACAUAAUGUUUGGGACACUUCUAGUACUGCCAGAAUAUUUACAGCUAUUUCGCUGAUUGGCCUUGUCACGUCGCCUCUUGCGGCUGUCUUUCAACAAAUACCUGCUAUCAUCGCAGCCUUUAGCUGUCUAAAUCGGGUGGAGAAUUUCCUCAAACAGCCAAAUAUGGUGGAUCGGAAAGUCAUUGUGGACAGAGAAUCCGAGGCACAGCCCACAAUGGGUCCAGGAAAACAACCAAUUGCUUUAAGUAUUCCCUUGGUGGAAUACCAAAGCAAUUCAAAGCCUUCCUUUGCAUUCACAUCUCACAACGCAAGCUUUUCUUACCCAGGUUCUGCUUUCCCUGCUCUCCAGAACUUGACUAUCAAUAUCCCGUGGUCCAAGGUGACUUUGGUGAUGGGGCCGACCGGUAGUGGAAAGUCGGCUUUAGUGAAGGCAAUACUUGGUGAAUUGAAUAUUUCUCAAGGGGUCUCCACCAGAGGCUUUGAUUGUUGUGCUUACUGUGAUCAAACGCCGUGGAUCGGGAAUCAAUCCAUCCGAGCCAAUAUUGCCGGCCACCUCGAAGCUUAUCAAAAGGGAUUAUACGAUGAAACGGUUUGGGCUUGUGAAUUGGAACAUGACCUCGGGUGUAUGCCGGAGCAUGAUCUUACCAAUGUUGGAAGUAGUGGCGCUACACUGAGUGGAGGACAGAAGCAGAGAAUCUCUCUAGCAAGGGCCGCAUAUUCUCAGCAAAAGGUUAUCAUGCUGGAUGAUAGUUUCUGUGCUCUUGAUGCUCGAACCGAGCAAACCGUCGUUCGACGUCUCCUGGGGCCAAAUGGUUUGAUGAGAAGUAAUGACCAGACUGUGGUUAUAACUUCAAACACAGACCGCUUGGUGCCCUAUGCCGACUUUUUGAUCAUUCUCGAUGACAAUGGAGCAUUAAAAACGCAGAGACCAGUGCAACAAAUGUCACAUCUGUUUCCUGAUGGUCUGAGUGCUCUCGAGGAAGAGAAAUUCGAACCUAAAUUAGAGGACAUCCCCCCAUUGGAGCCUGUCGCAUCAAAAGAGCUAUCGCCGCAAUUCAAGGGCAACGAUCUUGAAUUUUCUUCAGCAAAAGCACCACCUUAUAGAUCGUAUUUUAAAUCGAUGGGUCUCUUCAAGGGGUUGAUUCUGGGUGCAUUACUCACUCUUCAGACCUUCUUCUCCAAAUUUCCCACUGUCUGGCUUCAGUGGUGGCUCGAUGAUAAUCCGCAAACGAUGGGACGGCUAUAUGCAAGGUAUAUCGAGAUAUACAGUGUCUUCCAAGCUCUGGGUUUGGGUUUUACGUUGUUUGCUGCCUUCCACCAGUUUCGAGUUACUAUGCCCCAUACGAGUCGCUAUUUCCAUACCCGUCUCUUGAGCGCGGUGAUGUCUCUCCCCUUUCCGUCUUUCAGCAUAAUGAGCACAGGGUCCAUUGCAAACCGUUUCAGUCAGGAUUUACAGUUAGUUGACUGGACACUGCCCUUAACAUUUCUCAACGCGUCCGAGGGUGCAUUGGGGACACUAGCACAGGUAUUAAUCAUUUCCAGUGCCUCCCCUUAUCUCCUCAUCGCCUUCCCAUUCAUAUUCGCCACCGUCAUUGCUAUCCAGCGGUUCUAUCUUCGCACAUCACGGCAACUACAAACCAUUGACGGCCUUCAGACGAUUCGUGCAUUUGGCUGGCAGCAUCGGACACAAGCAGCAUACCAAAGCCACCUUAGCGCAUCGCAGCGACCAUACUACCAGCGCUUUAUGCUGCAACGUUGGCUUACGCUAGUACUGGACAUGAUUGCUGCGGCGUUGGCGGUCCUAGUGGUGGGCAUUGCGAUCGCGCUACGCACACGCUCAGCAUUGAUCGGCCUUGCCCUUGUAAAUGUGAUUUCGUUAAGCGAGAGUCUACAACUCCUGGUACUUCAAUGGGCAGUCAUGGAAAUUUCCCUGGGAUCUGUCAGUCGGCUGGAGGCUUUUAACCAUCAUGCUAUGACUGCCCAGUCGGAGGCUUCCAAGGACGCCCUUACUAAUCUACCCCAGACUCAAUCGUUCUGGCCCACACAGGGACGCAUCGAGUUCACGCGUUUGACUGCUAGGUAUACGGCCGACGGCCCUGCAGCUCUGCAAGACAUUUCUCUUACAAUCCCGCCUGGCACCAAACUUGGCAUUUGCGGCCGCACGGGUAGUGGGAAGAGCACACUCUUAGCGACGCUAUUCGGCAUGGUGUCUGUCACAGACGGCACCGUGGCAAUCGAUGGGCUGAACCUUGCCAAUCUGCAUCCGGAUACCCUACGCGCUGCGCUCAUUGGCAUUGCCCAAGAAAGCUACAUUGUCCCCGGGCUGACUGUGCGUGAAAAUCUUCUGCUGGGGCGUCAGCAGGAACAGCAGGAUCCGUGCGACGAUGACAUCCAACUCAUUGAUGCUCUGCAGACUGUGCAGCUGUGGGAUGCGAUCGAUGAACGUGGAGGGCUAGCCGCCGUGCUUGACGACCAAAGCCAGAGCUUAUCCGCAGGACAGAGUCAGCUAUUUGCCUGCGCGCGUGCCCUCCUUCGUACGGGCUCUGUUGUUGUCCUAGAUGAGCCGACGAGCCAUCUGACGGUGGAAACGACGAAGGUGGUCCGACGGGUCAUUUCGGACAAUUUUCGGGAACGGACGGUGAUAGUUGUGAUGCAUGAUAUCCAAUCCAUUUUGGACUUGGAUCUUGUUGUCGUACUGGAUGAAGGUCGUGCUGUGCAGGUGGGCACACCAGAAGAGUUACGUGGGCAAGACGGCAUAUUUCAGACAAUGCUGGAUUCUACGUGA